AAAGAGGUCUCAACAACAAAAAACCUCUGGUCUGGCACCGCCGGCACCACGUGGUGUCCAUAAAGUUAUCGCGCCGCGGCCAAGGGGGCGAAGCGCGAAGCCCCCUCUCCUCGGCGAAAACAUCGAUCCCUGCGCAACCCCCUUUCAGGGGUUCAUGCCUCGUGCCGAGGGAGUGCGGCUGGCGUGAGAGACGGGGGGCCCCUGGCGGCAGGGAGAGGCGCCCCCUCUGUAUGGGCCUGCUGCUGUCUCGGCCCGCGGCACUGCUGAAGAGCAGGAAGGAAGCGAGGCUUCGCGCACCGGCUCCAAGACCUGGCCUCGCAGACCCCUACUGCCGUGGUCCCAGGUCAUGUUGUGGUGGCUUCGUGCCGUGUCCGGCACCGCUGGGCGAAACUGAAUCCGAGGAGGAGGAGGAGGGAGCGAGCGGCGAGCCCUGCGCCGCGCACGCAGAGAUGCCGCUGGCGGGCGGCAAGCGCAAGUGCAACUCCACCAGCAACACCAACGGUGGGGAUGACCCUGGCUCGCUGCCCUCCAGCAAGUUGCCCUGCCUCAGCCCGGCCCCCGUCGAUGGGGUGGGACCAGCCGCCGAUGGCCACGUCGCCGCGGCAACGGUUCCCGCGGAAGCGGCCAACAUCAAUCGUCUCCCUUCAUCGAUCCUCCUCAAGGUACUGUCAUACCUGUCGCUGAUGGAGCGCUGCCUGGCCGCCUCGCUCGUGUGUCGCCUCUGGCGGGAGCUGUGCUCCGACCCCGAGCUGUGGCGGCGUCUCGACCUCAGUGGCCGUCAGAAGGUGACGGACGAGGUGCUGGCUCACGUGACGUCGCUGAGCCACGGCGUGACGCGCGUUUGCGUCGCCGACUGCCGUGCCAUCAGCGAUGCUGGCGUGGCGCUGAUGGCACGCUCCUGCCCGGCGCUGCUCUGCUUCUCGGCGACGCGCUGCAAGCAGCUGACGGAUGGCGCCGUGGGCAGCCUGGCAAGGCACUGCCCCGCGCUACGCUCGCUCAACCUCUCCAACCUCGACGCCAUCACCGACGACGCACUCAGACAGCUCGGCGCCAGCUGUUCGGACCUGCGAGAGGUUCACCUGGGCCAGUGCUACCUGCUGACCGACGCCGGCAUCACGGCGCUGGCACGCGGCUGCCCUCUCCUCACCAAGAUUUACCUGCUUGAGAAUCACCUGGUGACGAACUCUUCCGUGCAGUGCCUCGCCGAGUGCUGUCCGCGUCUGCAGUACGUGGGGCUCAUGGGCUGCUCCGUCACCUCCAGGGGAGUGAGGCACCUUGCCAGGCUAGGCGAACUGGUGACCCUUGACCUGCGGCACGUGAGUGAGCUGGAUGGGGAGACGGUGAUGGCGCUGGUGAGGAGCUGUUCACGCCUCACCACACUCAACCUGUGCCUCAACCGCGGCAUCGAUGACAGGUGUGUGGAGGUGAUUGCGAAGGAGGGGAGAAACAUCAAGGAGCUGUACCUGGUGUCGUGUUCCAUCACUGACCAAGCGCUGCUUGUGAUUGGCCGCUUCAGCGCCAGCAUCGAGACGGUGGAUGUGGGCUGGUGCCAGGAGAUCACCGACCACGGCGCCAUCGAGAUCUCCCGCACGAGCCGCUCGCUCGCAUAUCUGGGCCUCAUGCGCUGCGACAAGGUGAGCGAGGACACGGUGGAGGAGCUGGUGCAGCGCUACCCGCGCAUCGUCUACAGCACCAUGCUGCAGGACUGCAAGCGCACGCUCGCGCGGGCCUACCAGCUCGGCUGGAAGCCCUCUGGCUCCGCGGGCUCUGCCCCGUGACCUCGUCUGCCCCCCACCCCCCCCCCCCCCGUGUGACCCAGCGACCCAAAGAACCAACACCCCCCCCCACCGCUCAGGCUUCACGGGGUCACUCCGCCCCUUCCCCACCCACGACACGUCUCCUUGCGCCGCCGGGGGCGAGACACGAAACCCAGAACGGACGCCGAGGGCGCCGUAUUCCGGGUUGCUGCGAACGCCAUCCCGGAGAGGUGGACUCCAGCAGAAGCGGGAGGAGAAGAAGGGUGUGUCUGUGUGUGGACUGUGAAACGUGCCGACUCGUCCGUCACCGUGCAGAGACGGACUCGGGAUCCGGAGCGUGACGACUCCAAGCCACCUCGCGUUUCCUACCGGGGGCGGAGAUGGGGGAUGGGCGGGGGGAGGGAGAGUGGGUGGAGGGAGAGAGAAAGAACCGGGACGGAGGUUUGCGAGUCGCGUCCUCUCAUCCCCGCGGUGCUCUCCGCUACAGGGUAUUUAUUAAGCAAAAAAAUGUUAUCGUGUUUGCUUUUAGUUAGUGAGUUUUGUUGAGACGAUUAUGGAAUUCGCCGGUCUGAGGACUACCCACGGCAGCGGCGGAAGAGCCUGGCGGAGGAGAGAGCAGGGUGGGGAAAGGGGCCUUGCAGGGGUGGCCGGGCGGCGGUGUGCACGCCGGGGACGCGCAGAUGAACAACUCAAGAAGAAGCCAUGUCACACUUUCAGGAAAACGACUUUUGACAGGGGCGACACGGGAUUAACUGCAAUUAUUUUUGGAACGAGAGCCAAAUCGUUCCUACUCGAGCAUCGCCCCACUUACACCUCCCCCCCCCCCCCGCGCUCAGGUGUUCAUCCGGACGGUGAUGGCGACAGCGACGAAAACGCUGAGCUGAGCGUCGCGUCGUCCGAGCGUCCCCCCCCACCUCCACCCAGGACUGGCGAAUGUCACCGCUCCACGACCGUGGCGACCCCAAAACAUGCGGGGGGGGGGGGGUGUACCCCCACUAUCCCCUCCUCCACCCCAAUAACAUUGUGAUGCUGACAUUUUUUUAUGGAAACCACAAAGCGAUGAAACCUACGUUCAACGUUCGAUCGCCGAGUUUGCAUGUGUGUUCGUGUGUGCGCAUGUGUGCGCGUGCGUACUGUAUAGUGGGGGAGCGGUGGUGCAGCAUUUAGCGCACUGCGCUACAAACCUGGCGACUCGAGUUCGAUUCCAGCUCACGGCCAGUAAGUGACGAUUAUCUGAACCGGUUCUGGGGCGUCUCCCAGGUCUACUCGGCCUCAAAUGAGUACCUGGUGCGAUGUGUAGAUGUCGCUUCUAAGGGAGACAAAGGCGGCCGGGCGUGGUGCUAGCCACACCACCCCCUCGUGUACUGUGCCGGCCUUAAUCGGUGCUGCUCGCUAACAGCAUUUUCCGCAACAGUCUGUUAAGGCUGCAUGGAGGUUCUUAGUCUUUAUAUUUGUUAUAUGCGUGUGUCUGUAUAUAUACGUAUCGUAUGGUAUAUAUGUAUACACACCUUUUGUGAGGGCUGUUAUUAAUAUGGAUCAAAUGAUCCACUGAUUUCAUCAUUGCGAUUUGAUUACAGGAACCCUAAUAAUUUGUUUUAACGUUGUGGUGAAUGUAGCAGUCACUAGUGGUUGCACGGGUCACGUGACCCCUCCCCACUGUCACUACACGCGUCGGUUCCAACGCUCGCACGAACGAUUUGACACACGUGUCGCCAGCCAAGGGACGGAGCGCGUCCGUGAGGACGUCCCAUCGUCCAACAGAUGGAGCGAGCGGAAGAGUUCGGCUCCGUGUGGAAUGGAUCGUUACGUCGUAGGAUCGUGAGAGGCGACGGCGGUGGCUUGGGGAGGGGAGGCCUUCAUCGAGCAGUGGCUUGGUCAUGGCUGAUGAUGAGCGGUGGUGAUGAUCGUUGGCGUUGGUAAAACCCCCUCGUUAUAAUUAAUAAUCGGAGAUGUGUUCAUUGUUUUUGUAACGGGACCUGUUUGUUCGGCUGCCACUUUGACCUCCGACCCCGCUCGUCGCGAGCCGGGUCCCCCUCGUCGCGCGUUCCCAAUUGUGGGGUCCGUUUUGAACGCCGCUGCCAAAAACCAAAGAGGUGUCCGGGCGACCUCUGCCCAUCGAGCCGCUGCCUCGUUCCCAACCGCCCCCCGUCGUUCCCCUCUUCCCCUUCGCAGCCGUCGUCUAUGACGCCGCCGAUGAUUUAACACCCUCUAGGGGAAAGCGAGGUGGCUUUGUAGGAGCGAUCGCUGAGCUAGCGCUGGGCUAGCGCUGGGCUAGGAGUGAGCUAGCCAUGGGCUAGGAGCGAGCUAGAAGCGGGCUAGGAGCGACAAUGCGCAGCUCCGCAGUGUUGUGGAGAAGCUCUACGCGAGUUGAGCCGACUCAGCCAGACGGUAGAAUCGGUCUCCGUCUCUUCCCCGAUGGCGUUGGUUUCGCCCGGGGAGGGAGGGAGGGAGCUCGGUGUUGAGGUCGCUCGCUCUCCUUAUGCCUCCCCCCGCCCGCCAUCCGUGCUGUCGAUGCCCUUCCCCAAGGCUCAAGGUUUUCCUGUUUUGUUUUUCUCUCUGCCGAUGACUGCCUGCCUGUUUGGAAAAUAAACGCGCCCCCACUGUUUCCA